AUGCUCCACCGCGACGCCACGGCGACGGCGCCGCGACGACAGAUUUAUCAGGACGUUCUUGAAGUCCUUCUGCCCGCCUUCGUCGCGGCGAAUUUGCAGCUCGCGCUGAUGGUGCUCUGCGCGCUGCAGUCCACAAUGCGAGGGGUGAAAGGGGUCAAGGCAGUGGAGCUCCUCGGGCUCUGGCGGACGCGCGUCUUGGCGGAGCUCGACCACGGCGAGCGUCGCGCGAUGACGGAGGCGACGUUGGAUUUUUUUUACGGGAUGGACGACUUCUGCAGGCAAACCACCUCGGCGGUGAGCCGCAUGGGGUUGGUGCGUUGGAUUCGAAGUUACUGUAGCGGAAGCGGCGGAGGGAGAACCAGGGGAGGGGCGAUCAUGAAGGAUCCCUUGGCGCAUCCGUCUUCUUCCCCCACCUCCUCUACCGAAUUGGGGAGCCCCGCGGGCGCCUCCAUCUACGCGGAUCUCCCUUUUCCCAUUCUGAAUCCGUUCAAACCGUGGAUUGUAUUGCGGUCGGUGUUGCUGACCAGCGUGCGGGCGGAGUCAUUGUCGUCGAGCAAGCCGGUGUGGAUCACCUUCAGCAGUGCCAACGACGCGCAACGACGAAGCCGCAAAGGGGGGCAAAAGGAAAGUCCCUCCCCCCCAUCCGCUCACGAGGAGAAGUUUUAUAGUUUUCUGUACAAACGCGAGAGCGCGAUGCGGGAUCAGCUGAUGUGCAUCUCCUCCCGUCUGCUGCAGUGGCUUCUGCGAAACGAAAUCGGGGAUCGGGUGGAGAUCGGGAACUAUAGUGUCCUCCCGCUCUCCGAUCGCUCUGCGUUGAUCGAACAUUUAGAAGGCUACGCGCUUUCCAAGCUUCCUGGGGUGGCGAAUGGGAACUUAGCCUUGGUGACUUACCUCGCGCAGCGUGGGGAGGCCGCGCAGGUGAAUUUUCUCGCCUCCGCGAAGCUUUUUUUGCUGUUAAACUACAUCUUCAGCAUCGGCGACCGGCACCAGGGGAAUGUCAUGAUGAGCCCGGUCGGCGCGAUUCUCCACAUCGACUUUGGCUACAUUUUUUCGGAAAAAACGCUGGUGGAGAAGAUCGCGGGGACGACGAUGCGGGUGGAUAGUCAGCUCCUUUCAGCCGUGGCGUUUUGCCGACGCGCAGCCGCGAUGGCGAUGACGACGGCGUCGAGCGACCUCCCCAACGACCCCUCGUUGGAUUCCUCCGUCGGGAGCGAUAAUAAUUCCCUCGUGAUGGAUAACGAGGGCUUUUUCAAGGAGGCCGCGGAGUGGUUUCUGCAGGUUCGCCCGCACGCCGCGCUCUUUUACGAGCUCUGGCGCUACGCCGUCCGCUGCCAAACUCUCCCGUUCGACGAACGCAACCUCGCGACGAUCUUUAACACGCUUUUUGACCGAAGCGUCUCCCGCGAAAGCAGCGCGGAUAACUUCCUCCGUAUUAUGGAGCACUCUAUUAAUGUUUGCCGGCUGAAGGACGUUACCCACUCCAGUGUUCAGGCCUUUCGAUCCUACACCGAUUACGUCACGCGGUGCGUUUCGGAGACGCCGUCAGGGGUGAAAAGGUUUUUUGAAUACGUGUGGAGCCAUCUUAAUCUCUCAAGCAUAUCCUGA